AUGAGGCUCGAUGGGAUCUCGUUAUGUCUUCUUACUCGGUUUGUCGCGCUUGUCACCGCGAGUGAGUCACCAACCUCAUCAAGCGGGUCGAUCGUCGAUUCUUCCACAGAGGAGGAGAGGGAGAGCGAAAGCCCGUAUUUCCCCUGGACGCAUCAACCCAUCUGCUCGGAGCACCUCAGCGAAGCGGGAGAUGAGUUCUGCGUCUACACAAACGCGUCCUUCAGCAACGGACGCGGCAUCUCCAUCUUCACCACGCCCGCAAUCGCGCACGAGUUUGCGUCUCUGCCACCGUUCCAAGAUGCCGCGGCACUGUCCUCCAAGGGCAUCAACCCCGAGACAGACGAGGAAGAUCGGCCCUGGUACACGUCGUCCAUCCCCGGCAAGGGAAUCGGCAUGUUGGCGUCGCGGCCGCUCAAACGUGGCGAUCUGAUCACGGCGUAUACGCCCGCCCUUGUCGCGCAUAUCGGCGACCUCGUUUUCUCGGAGGACCGGGAGAGAUUGCUGAAGCUGGCUAUCGAUCAACUCCCCGCGGCAAGUCGAGAUGCCUAUCUCGACCUGGCCAAGAUUUACGAUGAGCCGGAGGUCGUGGCUCAGGAUGUGUUGAAGGCGAAUGGAUUCGACAUGAAGAUUGGGGGGUUGUUGCAUCCGGCCGUGUUUCCAGAGGCCGCGAGAUACAACCAUGCCUGUGCGCCCAACGCGCAAUACUUCCUCUCGACCGACCUGUUGACACACUACGUCCAUGCCGUGCGCCCCAUCCAAAGGGACGAGGAAAUCACAAUCUCGUACGCGCCGCCUCUCCGCCUCCACGCCGACCGGCAGCAAUUCUUCAAGUCUGUCUUCCACUUCACGUGUUCCUGUCGACGCUGCUCACCGGAUUCCCACAACAGCCCCCGCACGGUACGAGACUCGGACAAGGCCACCCAAGACAUCGUCAACCUGCAGUGGCAGCUCUCCCGACCCGACCCGACCGCCGGCGUCCGGGAAGCCGAAACGCUCGUCGACCUCUACAAAGCCGAGGGACUGGAAGGGUUUCUGGACGACGCGUACGGUCACGCCGCACUGGCGUAUAGUCGCGUCGGCAGCGCGAGAGGGGCCAAGAAGUAUGCCAGGUUGGCGGUCGAGGCGGCGUGGUUCAAGUACGGGUUUGACGGGGAAGGCAUGGACAAGGUCAGGGAGUGGGAGAGCAUCGCGAGGGAUCCGACAGCUCAUGCGAGUUGGAGGAGUGCGAUCAGGAAGACGGAAUUAUAG